GGAAAUAAUAGAGUGUUGACCGAAGGACUCUAGACAACAGGAAGAGGGCAAACUGUUAGGACCCCGCAUCAAAGAGAGCGACGGUUGGUACGGCAGAAGCCAAUUGCCGGCUUCGGAGAAUUGAGACCCUUAAACAUGUCCGCUUCUCGCAUCGCAGAAUCUUCAUCUGCUUGUUCUUUGGACCCAGACCUCGGGAAACCCUCAAACCCUCUUGUCUCCUUCCUCGAACGUUUGCAGGAAACCGCUUUAAUCACUUUGGGCAAAUCUAAAUUCGAUGCAAAAACAUAUGUGGACUUGCCAUUGAAGUUCAGCUUGUCUGAGACAGAGGAGGCAUUUGAUCAACUUGCUAGGUCUGCUAACGGCUCUGUACCUGCCGAGGAGUUCAAAGGUUUUAUAGAAAGAUACUUUGAUGGUGCAGGGGACGAUGUGGUGAACUACGAACCAGAGGAUUACGUAGCAGAGCCCGAGGGAUUCUUGCCCAAAGUUGAGCAUCCAGAGUUGAGGGCAUGGGCAUUGAAGGUUCAUUCCCUUUGGAAAAACUUGAGUCGCAGAGUAUCAAGUGGGGUCAAAAGUCAUCCCCAUUUGCGUACUCUGCUUCCUUUGCCAGCUUCUUUUGUCAUUCCUGGUUCACGCUUUCGUGAGGUUUAUUACUGGGAUUCCUACUGGGUCAUCAGGGGUUUACUGGUGAGUAAAAUGUACAAGACAGCCACGGCAAUCGUGACUAAUCUUAUUUCAUUAAUAGAGGAUUAUGGGUUUGUGCUUAAUGGUGCAAGAGCCUACUACACUAACAGAAGAGGAAAUAGCGACUACAAGCUUGAUUAUGAUUUUUGCAGCCAACCUCCCCUUUUAAGUUCUAUGAUUUAUGAGAUUUACAACAGCACUGGUGAUAUAGAGUUGGUCAAAAGAUCGCUUCCUGCACUACAGAAAGAAUAUGAAUUUUGGAAUUCAGACAUGCAUAGGGUGACCAUUGUGGAUGCUCAAGGUCGCACUCACACCUUAAAUCGUUAUUAUGCAAAGUGGAAUAAACCCAGGCCAGAGUCUUCAAUAAACGACAAGGCAUUUUCUUCCAAGUUUUUGAAUGUUUCAGAAAAACAGCACUUUUACCGUGAAGUGGCUUCAACUGCUGAAUCAGGAUGGGAUUUUAGCACAAGAUGGAUGAGAGAUCCUUCAGAUUUUACCACAUUGGCGACAACAGCAGUAGUACCUGUUGAUCUAAAUGCUUUUAUACUAGGGAUGGAACUUAAUAUUGCAUUUUUAGCUGAAGUUACUGGAGAUGAUUGCACUGCUCAGCACUUCCUGCAACUUGCUGAUUCUAGAAAGAAGGCGUUCAACUCUGUUUUCUGGAACAAAAGUAAGAAACAAUGGCUUGAUUAUUGGCUCACAAGUAGUACAUGUCAGGAAGCUCAAGUAUGGAAUGCUCACCAGCAGAAUCAAAAUGUAUUUGCUUCCAAUUUUGUUCCUUUAUGGAUGGAACCAUUUUACUCAGACUCGUCGGUUGUGGGUAGCGUUGCCGAAAGCCUCAAAACCAGUGGGCUGCUUGGUGCUGCUGGAAUUGCAACCUCUUUGACGAAUUCAGGACAACAGUGGGACUUUCCAAAUGGCUGGGCCCCACUUCAACAUAUGAUAGUAGAAGGUCUGGUGAAAUCUGGGUUGAAAGAAGCAGCUUCACUGGGGCAAGAAAUUGCAAGGAGAUGGAUCGCAACCAAUUAUAUCACCUACAAGAAAUCGGGGCUCAUGCAUGAAAAAUAUAAUGUGGAGCAUUGUGGAGAGUUUGGAGGUGGGGGUGAAUAUUCAACCCAGACUGGUUUUGGGUGGUCGAACGGAGUGGUGCUUGCUUUCUUGGACGAGUUUGGAUGGCCGCGACAUCUCGAUAUUGACUGCUCAUCGAUUCCCUCUGAAAUUCACAGCACUCGCAACUGAACUUAACCAAGCGGGCUACUUGGUGAUGGGAAGUAUGCUUCAUAUAAGAUCUAAGUAUCAUGGUAAUAAAAUCCAAUUCAGGUUGACGGGGUGAACUGAACCAGUCCCUUAUCCAAUCUUAUCAAGAGUUUUGGAUGAGGUCAACCUGUUUCUAUUUUAUAUUUUCUUUCUUCCCUUUUUGAUUUUGAAACGACAUCAUUUUGAAUUAAAGAAAAGUUUGUCAUA